CAGAAAAGCCAUUCUCAUCAACAUCGAAAAUCAUGCGAAUUGCAUGAAAUUCUCGCUGUUUCAAUCCUUGCUGCUUCCGUUUGGCUCAGAGCCCUUUGAGUGUCUCCGUCUCCUUGCUUCCCCCAUCAGCUCUUUUGACAUUUUGACCAUGUCAGUCAGCGCAGAGGAGGUUGCCAAACACAACACCGACAAGGAUUGCUGGGUCAUUGUGGGGGACCAAGUGCUUGACGUCACCAACUUCCUCAGUGAGCACCCUGGCGGGAAGAAGUCCAUCAUGAUGUUUGCUGGCAAGGACGCCACUGAGGAGUUCGACAUGCUUCAUGACCGCAAGGUCAUUAAGAAAUACGGGAUCGACGAGGGAACUGUGGAGCUGAAGGGCACUAUCAAGAAGUGAAAAGGCGGCAAUGCCUUUCUGAAGUUUGAAGCGGGAUGAGGCUGGCUUUGUCAGUGCAUUAGCCCCGGCUUGUGCCGCUGGGCUCGUUCGAGAGACCACAGCGUCACCCGCAGACCGUUACAGAGUGAAGAAAACCAAGCGGCCAUCCGAAACCCAUGGAUGUCUAUAGUUCGUGUAGAUGUCAUGAUUUCC